AUGCUCCGGGCCUCGCCGGCGAUAACCGAGCAGGCCCCGGCCGCAGCGGAGGCUAGUGCACAGUCAUACAUCUGCACCAGUGUUACAGCUACGAAAGUGGAUGAAUUCAUAGCGGAGAUCCAGGAGGCAGCUGCGAGCGGCGUCGACAUCAUUGAACUCCGGCUCGACUUCCUCACCGAUUUUGAUCCAGAGCAGCAUCUGCAGCGGAUCACGUCCUCCUGUCCUUUGCCGUACAUCGUCACUUACCGCCCCGUCUGGGAGGGGGGCAAGUAUGAUGGUCCGGAACCGGAGCGUCUUGCCGUACUCAAGAUGGCAGCGCUGAUGGGUGCGCCGUACGUAGACGUGGAAUUCAAGGCCUCGCCGUACUUUUUUGCAGGUGAGACUGGGUGGAGUCAGGGCCGGGCCGUGCCCCUGUCCACCAAGGUCAUCCUCUCGUACCACGACUUCCAGCAAACCCCGGAACCUGCCGUACUGGAUCGCCUGGCCUCCGCCAUGCGGGCCGCGGGAGCUGAUAUCGUCAAGCUGGCGGCCAUGGCCAACGACAUAACCGACGCAGCGAGAAUGUUGGACCUGCUGCGGAAGAAGGACGGCCCCAUGAUAGCGCUGUCCAUGGGCGAAAAGGGCCAGAUUGUACGGCUCCUAGCAGCCAAGUACGGCGGCUACCUUACCUUUGCCGCCAUGUCCCCAGAGCGCGCUUCCGCGCCCGGCCAGCCGGACAUUGGCAAGCUGGCAGGGCUGUUCGGCUACCGCCGCCAGGGCCCCGAAACCAAGGUGUACGGCAUCAUUGGCAACCCUGUAUCGCACAGCAAGAGCCCGCUCAUUCACAACACGGCAUUUCAACACGUCGGCUUUGACGGCGUGUACGUGCCCCUGCUGGUUGAUGACCUGGAGCGCUUUCUGACCGCCUUCAAGGACCACGAGGACUUUGCUGGCUUCUCUGUCACCAUCCCGCACAAGGAGGCGGCCCUAAGGUUGGCGACGGAAGUCGACCCGGUGGCCCGCCAGAUCGGCGCGGUCAACACCCUGGUCCGGCAGCCCGAUGGGUCGUUCAAGGGCUUUAAUACAGAUUGGCUAGCGGCCAUCUCGGCGAUCGAGCACGGGGUGGCUGGUGAGCCCGGCAGGGCGGCAGCAGGCGCUGUCGAGGAGGCGCCGGUGGCCGGAGGGAAAUCUCCCCUUCAGGGCAAGACGGUGGUGGUCAUAGGGGCGGGGGGCGCCGGCCGGGCCCUGGCCUUUGGUGCUGCUACCAAAGGCGCCCGGGUGGUCAUCGCCAACCGCUCUCGUGAAAAAGCCGACCUGUUAGCGGCGGCGCUAGGCAGCUCCGCGACCAGCUGUUCCUGGGAGGACCUGGUUUCGGGGCGGGUAACGGGAGACGUCCUGGCCAACAGCACCUCCCUGGGCAUGACCCCCCACGUGGAGGAGAGCCCCGUCGGACCGGAAGUGGCGGCAAAGUACAAGGUCGUAUUCGACGCCGUAUACAACCCGCUGUGGACGAGAUUGCUGCAGGACGCUCGCGCGGGUGGUGCUGUCCCCGUGGACGGACUGCAGAUGUUCGUCGGCCAGGCGCUUGAGCAGUUCCGCCUCUUCACCGGAGGUCUGGAACCGCCGGCGGCACUCAUGGAAAAGACAGUCAUGGACAACUUGGGGGUCUCUGGUGGCGGCGGGGCCGGGGGGAGAACUGACCAAAUGACCAAAUAA